AGCCGUUUUCAUGUGUGACCUGUGGAAAAAGUUUUAUUCAAAAACAGAGUUUAACUGAGCACAUGAUGAUUCACACUGGUGGAAAACUGUUUUCAUGUGUGACCUGUGGGAAAGGUUUUAAUCGAAAACAGAGUUUAACUGAGCACAUGAUGAUUCACACUGGUGAAAAGCCGUUUUCAUGUGUGACCUGUGGAAAAAGUUUUAGUCGAAAAGACCUUUUCACUCGGCACAUGAUGAUUCACACUGGUGAAAAGCCGUUUUCAUGUGUGACCUGUGGAAAAAGUUUCAGUCAAAAACAAAAUUUAAUUCAGCACAUGAUGAUUCACACUGGUGAAAAGCCGUUUUCAUGUGUGACCUGUGGAAAAAGUUUCAGUCAAAAACAAAAUUUAACUCAGCACAUGAUGAUUCACACUAGUGAAAAGCCGUUUUCAUGUGUGACCUGUGGAAAAAGUUUCAGUCAAAAACAGCGUUUAACUCAGCACAUGAUGAUUCACACUGGUGAAAAGCCGUUUUCAUGUGUGACCUGUGGAAAAAGUUUUAUUCGAAAACCGGAUUUAACUCAGCACAUGAGGAUUCACACUGGUGAAAAGCCGUUUUCAUGUGGAAAUUGUGGAAAAAGUUUUAGUCAUAAACAAAAUUUAAUUCAGCACAUAAGGCGUCACACAGGUGAAAAGCAGUAG